ACUAACUUCACCUAUAUAAAUAAGUUAAAGACGCCCUUCUCCACUUCUCAUACUCAUUUCCCAUCUAUCUACAUUUAAAAAAAAAAACCUAGAACACGAUCUAAAAGAUCAGAGACAAUGGCACAACCCACCCGCUACGUUCUGAGCCAAGACAUCGACACCAACCAUGUGGUGAGCAACCCAAUGAACCUUGUGCUCCUGUUGAAACGAGAGCUUCCAAGAGUUCGUUCUCGUUCCUUCCCCGGAAAGACGCCCACCUUAGCCGCGGGGUUCGGAUCAUCGCGUAAGAUCUAUUUAGGCAUCAAUAUCCAGCUUCCAGGUCUUCCUCUUCACCACUCCAUCCACGCCGAGCAAUUCCUCCUCGCCAACCUCGCACUCAACAACGAGAGACAGCUCACUCACUUAGCCAUCACCUCUGAUGGAAUCUACUUCGACGCCCCGUCCGGCUACUGUCGCCAAUUUCUUCAUGAGACCCGGGAGGCGUCUAGUAUUCAAAUACUAAUCAAGGAUGCAACAAGGGGCGAAGCUGGAAGAUUCGAGACUCUUCAGAACCUCUUUCCGCGUACAAUCCGCCCCACCAUAUUCUUCCAACCUCUCCUUCUCGAGCCGCAUGAUAACAAGUUGACCUUAUCGACGUAUCAUGAUCUUGUGGGAAACAUCUGCGAAGAGCUCGAGAGGUGUAACCAUCUCAACUGCACGGCCUUAGCUGCGGCCAAUAGAUCCUACACACCGUUCACCAAGAGUUCCUCAGGAGUGGCGCUGUUGGAUAACGUAGGAAGAGUGUACAGAGGGUGGUACAUGGAAACGGUGGAAUGUGGCCUAAGUUUGGGGCUAGUACAAGCGGCACUAGUUGAUUUUGUGGCUAGAGGAGGCACAGAGUUCAAUACCAUCGUUCAAGCGGUUUUGGUGGAGAAGAAAGAUGCCUUGGUUAGUCAAGAGAAGACGACGAGGAUGAUUUUAAAGAAGAUAACCAAUGGAAAUUGUGUUAUCAAUGUCUUCCAUUGCCAUUUGGAUGUAGCCGAGCAAUUCCGAAGAAAUAUUAUAAACAUAGAAGCAACGCAAGGAGGAUUCGGAAAACAUAUUUACUAA